CUUUCUUUAUCUUCCCUCCAUUAAUUUCAUUGUCCUGUUGCUCUUAUUCGACUCCCUGUGACAGGCAGCUAGGAAUCCAUGGAAGACUCAGAGAAAAGCUUGGAGGAGACUUUACUACCAAAACAGAGAGAAGAUGAAACGCAAAGUUCAGCUCUAACUUGGGAUGUGUUCACUCAAGAAUGCAAAAAACUAUGUUAUAUAGCAGGUCCCAUGGUGGCUGUGACUUUAUCCCUUUACUUGAUUAACGUUAUAUCAAUGAUGAUGGUGGGUCACCUCGGUGAACUUGCUCUCUCUAGCAGCGCCAUAGCCAUCUCUCUCUCUUCUGUUACUGGCUUCAGUCUCAUGGUUGGAAUGGCAAGUGCUCUAGAAACUCUGUGUGGGCAAGCAUAUGGGGCAGAGCAAUAUCGGAAACUUGGAACCCAAACUUACAGUGCUAUCUUCUCUCUAAUCUUAGUCGCUCUUGCUGUGUCUUUGCUGUGGUUCAACAUGGAAAAGCUGCUCAUACUACUUGGCCAAGAUCCAUUAAUUGCUCAUGAAGCCGGCAAAUUUACAAGCUUACUUGUUCCGGCUCUCUUUGCUUAUGCAAUUUUUCAGCCGCUUACUCGAUACUAUCAAACACAGAGCUUAACCAUUCCCAUGCUCAUAAGCUGUUGUAUUACACUUUGUUUGCACGUACCCUUAUGUUGGAUCCUAGUAUUCAAAUCUGGACUUAAAAACCUUGGAGGGGCAUUGGCUAUCAGUAUUUCGCAUUGGUUGAAUGUGAUUUUUCUUGCAUCAUACAUGAAAUUUUCUUCUGCGUGUGCAAAAACUCGUGUUCCAAUUUCUAUGGAGCUGUUCCAGGGAGUUGGGGAGUUCUUCCGCUUCGCCCUCCCUUCUGCUGUAAUGAUUUGCCUGCAAUGGUGGUCAUAUGAAUUUGUAAUCUUGCUGUCAGGCCUCUUACCAAAUCCACAGCUUGAGACUUCAGUCCUGUCUAUAUGUCUUACCACGAUUGCAACCCUCUAUUCAUUUCCAUAUGGGCUAAGUGCUGGAGUGAGCACUAGAGUCUCAAAUGAAUUAGGAGCUGGGAAACCACAAGUGGCACGCAAAGCUGUCUGGUGUAUGAUGUUUAUUACGGCUGCAGAGUUGAUUCUGGUGAGCGGAACUCUCUUUGCAAGCCGGCAUAUAUUUGGCUACACUUUUAGCAGCGAGAAAGAAGUGGUGGACUCUGUAUCAUCCAUGGCUCCUCUGGUUUGUUUGUCUGUUAUCAUAGAUGGAUUACAAGGCGUCUUUUCAGGUGUUGCAAGGGGCUGUGGUUGGCAGCAUAUAGGAGCUUACAUCAAUCUAGCAGCACUAUAUCUGUGUGGAGUUCCAGCAGCAGCCAUACUUGGAUUUUUGUUCCAGCUCAAAGGAAGAGGCCUUUGGAUUGGCAUAAGUAUUGGGGCACUUUUGCAAGCAGUACUGCUUUCUUUAGUCAUCAUUUAUACGGAUUGGGAAAAACAGGCAAGCAAGGCAAGAGAAAGGAUAUUUCAAGGAAGAUCUUCAGUGGAAAAUCUUACAAUAUGAACAAGAAAUUUAGCUAAUUUUGUAUGUGGUAGUUUGUAAUAGAUAAAACUUUGCUUGGAAUAUAUAUAUAUAUAUAUUUUUUAAGAAUUGAAGGUGAACUUAAUCAGUUUUCUGAAAUUGAUUGUAAUAGACCUGGUCACGGUCCAGUUUGGACUGUGAAUCGAAUCAAGAUUAGGAAUUCUUGAUUAAA